AUGCAAACCACACCUGGCUACGGGAGCUGUGUGGAACAGCCCGGUGGCUGGACCGGAUCGAGGCUGGAUCACCUCGGCAGCAUCAUGAGCGGCAGCGCAGAGGGGGUCUUCCUCUCUCCACCCAGGGAAGCUCUUCUUCAUCGCUGCCUGACCCCCAUGUCUCCGGAGGCGGGACACGCUCGCGGCGCAGGCGCCCGCCCGUGGACGCUGCUGUUCCCCCUGCUCUGCGCCCUGGUCCUGGCCGGAGGAUCCACGCCGAGCCCCGAGGACCCGCAGAGCGCCGCUGCCACGCCGCUGCCGGAGAGCUGGACCGGCACGACGAUCCAGCUGCAGCCGGACCUGCAGACUGAAGCCCAGACACAGGAAGCUCUGACUCUGACAGACGCGCCGACUCAGAGCACCACCGGCAACUACACAGGCCUGUCCUGUGUCCCUGUCCUGCCGCCACGCCGCGGUUCCUUCUACGUGGAGAGUGGCACAGGCGUGUCUGUCGGCAGCGUGUUGGCCUUCUGGUGCAGAGAGGGAUACCAGCUGGUCGGCAGCGACAAAAUCUACUGCAAUGUCAGGAACGGCAAACCACAGUGGAGCAACUACCUGCCCGUCUGCGAAGCCAUCCCCAGACCUGAGGACCGUGGUCUGAGAGUGGCCGUGUUGGCUUCAGUGGUGAGUGGCAUCGUCAUCCUCGCCAUGUCCCUGUCCUUCCUCAUCUGCUGCCUCCAGGAACGAUCCAGUCGGGACCGAGCCAAGAAGGAGGGACGGAGCAGGCGCAGAGAGAAGCGCUCAGCCCGUCGCGGCGAGUGUUGGCUCGAGCGGGAAGAGGGUGAGUGGGAGGCUUUCCCUCCCCCCAAGAUCUUCCAUCUAUCCCAGAGGAUGAACCCCCGCCUGGCUCCCGACAGCCCCCUCUACCUGACCGGAGGACUCAGUGGAUAUGAGAACAGAGGAUACCAGAGAAGUCAGGAGAGUUUGCUGAAGGCCUCCAUGCCCGGACUCUACCGCUCCGAGUCCCAGCUUUACCCGCACGUCGUCCUGCAGAGGGUCCCGACCCCAACUGCGCCCUCUGCCCCUUCAGCUCCAUCCGCCCCCCUCUACCUCCACCUCCCCUCCACCUCCUCCGCCGCCUCCUCACCCGCCCACACAACCGCCCACAGCCAACCUCACAUCAUGGCGCAGUAUCCUACCCCGACGUACCCACCCAACCCCAACACAGCUGUGCCCGCCUACCCCCUCCCGACACCGGCGCCUAUCUACCCCAACCCCAACCCAACGCCACAGCGGCCAUGGCAGUAG